AUGUAUUUUUGGAAUCCAAGCAUUAGAAAGUUUAAGAAGGUUCAACUUACUCCCUUGAAUAUUCAUGAUGCAGUUGUUUAUGGACUUGCGUAUCAUUAUCAAGACAAUGACUACAAGAUUCUAAGAAUUAUUUUUGAUCCAAUUUUUCAUCAACGAAACGUAAAGCCAAAGCCAGCUGAGGCUGAGAUUUACACAUUGAGUACCGAUUCUUGGAGAAGGGUUGUAAUAUCUGUGGAGUCCUCAAGUGGGUCUAAACCCAUUGAGUCAGUUCAUUAUGAACUUAAGGGUCCCCCUUGCUUUGUAUUUUUUAAUGGAGCCCUACACUGUAUAGCACGUUCUCAGGACCACAAAUUCAUUAUGUAUUUUGACGUUAAUGAUGAGAGAUUCCGUGAGAUAUUGCUGCCUCAAAAUUACUUAGAUGGACUUAUUUCUCGUUAUUCACAACAUCUGGCAGUGUUCAAGGGAUUGCUGGCUUUGAUUGUUUUUGAUGGAAAUAGUAAAAUAUUCCAUAUAUGGAUGAUGAAGGUGUAUGGUGUGGCAGAGUCUUGGAUUAAGAAAAGUGUACCGAUGAAAGAAGAUUUAUGGUUUUUAGGCAUCACUGUCAAUGGGGAACUUCUGAUUCAAAAGUUUAACCCCUUUCGGACGCUUGCAUUUCACCCUGAGAGUUUAAAUGAGGAAAUUCUUGAAAUUCCAGAUUAUAGAUGUAUGUACACAGAUUUUUGGGUGGAGAGCCUACUUUUACUUGAUGGGAUUUAA